CUUAAAACGUCGGACACCUCGCAGCAGUUGAUUUUUGAACUUCAAACGGAAAUAGACUCCCUAAAGGCUAACUUGGACGACUCGGCUAAAACUCUGAAGUACUUGAGAGAGGAGAAUAAGGUCCUUUUGGAAAAGACUGCAAACCUUUUGCUCGAGACUCAAGUGAAGGAGGAGCAAGUUGUAGGAUUGGAGACGACUGUCAAGGCUAUCCGAAGUAGUGAGAGGACACUGCGGAGCUCCCUUGAUGGAGCUAAGGAAACUAUCAAAAAAAAGGAUGCCGCAAUUGAGUCCCUGCAACAGGAGUUGCAACAGUGCAUGAGCGACAAGGAGGCAAAAUACAAUGAAUGUGAUUGCCUAACAAAGCAAAUUAAUGCCCUGACCUCGGAGAGCAACUCAGUGAAUGCGACAAAUGCUAAGCUGAAUGCUGAGCUGAGUGAGAUGAGGAGUCGACUCACCUGUUUAGUUGACUCUGAAAAGACUCUAAAACAAAAAAUGGUGGAAUUGAACGCUACAUUGGCAUCACAAAAUGAGGAGUUGCGAAAUCAUGCAAAUAUUGUCAUUGAGCUGGAGUCCAGACUGAACUCCACGCUUGCAGAACAACAGGCUCUCAUGGAUCAGCUCAUUGAAAAUCAGAAAAAGUCGAAACAAAUGGAGACGGCUCUGCAGACCUCGCAUCACGAGAUGGAAGGUCUUCAGCGCAUAGUACUUGAUCUUGGCCGCCAAAAUCAGGCUCUUCAGAUUACUCAAGAUCGACUGACGAACCGCCAAUGGAUCUCGGACGACUCUGUACAGUCUUGUUCCAAUUGUCAGAAGGACUUCUCUAUCAGUGUUCGCAAACAUCAUUGUCGACACUGUGGAAAGGUGUUUUGCCAGGCGUGUUCAUCCAAAAAGACGGCAACAUCGGCUUCAAAGGAUCCCCUUCGUGUAUGCGAUGGGUGUUUUGCAGAGCUAACGGGUGCACGGUAG